UUUUCAUUCCCAAAUCCAUACUUCAAUUUCAUUCUAGAAAAAUACACCUAAUAAAUAAAUUAAAAAAUUUGGGACGGGAAAUUUAUACAGAAAAUUCUUCAAAAAAUUACAAUUUUUCUUUUUUUUCUUUCCUUUUCUAAUCGAAAUGAAGGAUGACGACACUCUGCCGACGACGACGACAGUGAAUGUGAAAAAGGAAAGCGCAGAUUCCUGCUUAUUUGGCAGAGGCCGUUACAAGUUCUGGGCAUUUGCCGCGAUUCUGUUACUUGCAUUCUGGUCGAUGUUCACCGGAACCGUUACCCUCCGUUGGUCCGCCGGUAAUCUUAACCGUCUUUCUGAUGAUAUUAGUAGCCCCAUUCACGACGAUCUAGAUGUCCUUGAAAUGGAGGAGAGGGAGAAAGUCGUGAAUCAUAUGUGGGAUGUGUACACUAACAGCCGUCGGAUUAGAUUGCCGAGAUUUUGGCAAGAGGCGUUUGAAGCUGCCUACGAGGAGUUAACCAGUGAUGUGCCUGGAGUUAGAGAGGCCGCAAUUACUGAGAUCGCGAAGAUGUCCGUGCGCUACGUGGAUUUUGAUCCACCUCCCGUCAUAUCAACGAGUGUAAGGGAACUGAGCAAGGGUCUAAAACGAUCACUGAAUGGUGGACCAGAGUAACUUCAAGCGGAAGUGGUCAAUGAUGCGAAGGUUGCUUGAUCUUAGGAGUUAAAAAUUCUUCAUCACUUUUUAUACUCUCAUUUUGGUGGAGAGCUGCCCAAGUUUAUCAGAGGUCACGGUCGGAAAAAACCAUAUAGUUCACGUUUGUUAUCACAGGGACAAACUAUGUAUUUAUCUUAGUUAGGUUCAUAAUUCUUUUUUAAGUUGUUGCUGUCAAUGUUUUGUUCUAUGGAUUUGGCAGUAAAGAGGAUUAAUAAGCCAUCAUAAGUGCACAUUUUGAACAAUCAAAUGAUUCAGACUGAAAUUAAACAAGAU